AUGAAGUCAGCCUCCUUGCUCACAGCAUCCGUGCUGUUGGGCUGUGCCUCCGCCGAGGUUCACAAGCUCAAGCUUAACAAGGUGCCUCUGGAAGAGCAGCUUUACACGCAUAACAUCGACGCCCAUGUCCGCGCUCUGGGCCAGAAGUACAUGGGUAUCCGCCCGUCCAUCCACAAAGAGCUGGUCGAGGAGAACCCUAUCAAUGACAUGAGCCGUCAUGAUGUUCUGGUGGACAACUUCCUGAACGCACAGUACUUCUCUGAGAUCGAGCUGGGUACUCCCCCCCAGAAGUUCAAGGUUGUCCUGGACACUGGCAGCUCGAACCUUUGGGUUCCUUCGAGCGAAUGCAGCUCUAUCGCCUGCUACCUCCACAACAAGUAUGAUUCGUCUGCCUCCAGUACGUAUCACAAGAAUGGCAGUGAAUUCGCCAUCAAGUACGGCUCUGGCAGCCUUAGCGGAUUCAUUUCUCAGGACACCCUGAAGAUUGGCGACCUGAAGGUCAAGGGACAGGACUUCGCUGAGGCGACCAAUGAGCCUGGCCUUGCCUUUGCCUUCGGCCGGUUCGAUGGCAUUCUCGGCUUGGGUUAUGACACCAUCUCCGUGAACAAGAUUGUUCCUCCCUUCUACAACAUGCUUGACCAGGGACUCCUCGACGAGCCGGUCUUUGCCUUCUACCUUGGAGAUACCAACAAGGAGGGUGACGAGUCCGUGGCGACCUUCGGUGGUGUCGACAAGGACCACUACACCGGCGAGCUGAUCAAGAUUCCCCUCCGUCGCAAGGCUUACUGGGAGGUUGAGCUUGACGCCAUUGCUCUUGGCGAUGAUGUUGCUGAGAUGGAGAACACCGGUGUCAUUCUGGACACUGGUACCUCCCUGAUUGCUCUGCCUGCUGACCUGGCUGAGAUGAUCAAUGCUCAGAUCGGUGCUAAGAAGGGCUGGACCGGCCAGUACACCGUUGACUGCGACAAGCGCUCGUCCCUGCCCGAUGUUACUUUCACCCUUGCCGGCCACAACUUCACCAUCUCCUCGUAUGACUACACCUUGGAGGUGCAGGGCUCUUGCGUCAGUGCCUUCAUGGGCAUGGACUUCCCUGAGCCGGUUGGUCCCUUGGCCAUUUUGGGCGAUGCGUUCCUGCGCAAGUGGUACAGCGUGUAUGACCUGGGCAACAGCGCUGUUGGUCUGGCCAAGGCCAAGUAA